AUGGCUGGACAGUGUUUAGUAAAGAUUCUGGUGUGUUUGUUGGUAAUACAGUGUUCUGAAGGCAGGCCAACAGCAUCAGACGAUAAGAAAGUGACGAUGUCUGGAGAACCGACGCAUUUUCAAGUCGACGAUAAAGCUGCCGAGCUCGAGAUCAACGCGAAUGCCAUGGGUGUAAAAGUGAAUGCCAAACCAGCAUCUUUGCAGGUCGUCUCAAAACCUGGUGCGCCUGCAAUGGCCGUUCCGCAUCCAGCGGUCUAUGCCCCACCAGGCCCUUACCAUAUAGCGCCGUACUACCCAGCGCCAUAUUACCCUGGGCCGGUUUUGUCAACGCCGCCGAUGGUCAUCGGGCAUCGUCGUACCGUUCGACGCCGACAUCAUUUCUUCGACAUGGACCCGAGUUUGGGAAACUGGAAUUACAAGAAAGAGAAGAUUCCUGGAAAAGGCACGUCGUCGAAAAUAUCAAAGAAAGAUGAACAUAUUAAACAGAUUUCUAAGAAAUCGGAGAUUAAUAGAAAAUCAGAGGAUUCUAAAAAUUCGAAAAUUUCUAAAAAUUCGAAAGACUCUCAGAAAACAGAGAAGAAUUCUCGUAAGCGACAGUGGAUACAGCAAGUUCCAGUUCUGGCUCAAGUGGUUCCGUACAAUGCAGCGCCAAUUCGUGUCCAUCCUCUAGUCCAGCGGUUGCUCGCAUCCCAAGCUGCAAUGCGGAAUUUGGUUCCGCGACCGAUGUACGGGUUGAGCCAGCGAACAUUUCCCCCAUGGAGUCAGCGAUUAUCCUACAUUUCGCCAGGUUUGGCAAAUGGUGACGUUAGGAGCUCUAUCCAUAGAGCGAUAUUUUUGCCCGCCCUCCCGGGAUACCAAAACAUGCGGGCCAUCUCCCCCCUGAUGACAGCCUUCAAUCACCCUUGGUCCAAUCCCAACAUGCUUCACGUUCCACUCUCUGGAUACAACGGAUACUAUGAUCCAAUCCUUACACGAGAUUUCAUCCCGGACUAUAGUAACCCUGCUUUUCCUCGUGUCCAGGUGCCGACAACCCGGGCUUUGAUACCCAAUGGAAUACCCGGUGGGUUAAUGUAUCCCGGGUAUACACCUCUAGGUAUGUUUAGUGAGAAUACAGAGGUAGUACUUGUUCAUCCAAGAUAAUCCUUACUCAUUUAACCUCGAACGAACUUACUUUCACUCAACAAAACUCUGAUAGCUGACGACCAACGAAACAGUAAUUUGGAACUGACAUUUUACAAAAUAUCUUAUCUGAUAGCUGACAAAUGAUGAAACAGUAAUUUGGACACGACAUUUUAAAAAAUAUAUUAACUGAUAGCUGACGACCAAUGAAACAGUAGUUCGGAUCUGACUUACAAAAUAUCCUGACAGCUGACAAACGAUGGAAUAGUAAUUUGAAACUGACGUUUUACAAAAUAUCUUAACUGAUAGCUGACAAAUGAUGGAACAGUAAUUUGGAACUGACAUCCGACAAAACAAUAAUUUGGAACUGAUAUCUUACAAAAUAUCUUAACUGAUAGCUAACGAGCAAUGAAACAGUAAUUUGGAACUGAUAUCCUACAAAAUAUACUACUGAUAGCUGACUGGAAUUUUAGCUCACGACUGACAACCGUUAAGAUCGACAUGAAACAAAGACUAUUCAAAACAAGAGAAGACACUCUGGAAAUGAACAAAACAAAAAUAAUUAAGGUGCAGAAACAAAGACCAGAACCAAUAAUGAGACAAUACUGCGUCCAUGCAUCCUUUGAACAGAGAGAUAUCUCAUGAACUGUAGUGUUUAAAACUUUCCAAACUCAACGUAUUUGUAAAUUAACGAAACACGAGGGACGAAAAAAGACACAAAACUUUGACAAACGAAUUGUAAACCAAAUUUCACUGAAUAUGUCUAUUUUCAGGUCAGUUGCAAAUCUUGAGUAAAAGACUCACAAUUCCCCACAGUUCCGCAGGCGAACAAGCAAAGACAAACGCGGAGAAAAGCACCUCGGAAAAAACAACCUCGGGCGUUCACACCUCCGAACAAAUCACCGGUGAGAAAAAUACGAUAGAAAAGGCCAACACAGGCAAGUCAAGAAGCAAGCGCUCUGCCGAGGGAACUGGGAAGAUCAAAGAAACAAUACCUCACGUCAGCAAUCACCAUGGGAACAAAGCCAUGAAGCGACAGUUUAUUCUAACACAACCUGUGGUUCAGCCCAUCCAACAGCCAGUAGUAGCAUAUGUUCCAGUAGUUACCAAUCCCCCGGUCGAAACUCCGACGAUGAUGUCACCACGAAACCUUGUACUAAGCCUGCCUGAAAGGACACCGGGGACAUUUGUGCUAAAUGUACCCUCAAGACCACAAAUGUACACACCUGAUCAUGGACUGAAUCAAUUUUAUCACUCAAGGCAGAUGAAUGUUCUACCAGAAUAUCAGCCACAUUACGUUGCCAUGGCGACACAAAGAUCUGGAAUCAUACCGCGACGUGGGGUACCUCAGGGAUCAAAUAGGAUCGCUCAGUUGGGUGAAUUAACAGGAAUAAUGGGAACCCCAAUUAUCCGCAAAGGACCCCGUUUAACCAUGUUUUACAACGAUGAAUUCCCCUCACAUGUUCAAGAUGAAAUAUUUCGGAACAGUCCGGUACAAGGCCGGGCAAUGAUACCCGGAAGAAGUUCCCUACGAAGAAAUACCCUACACAAACAUUUUGAAGAUGACUAUGAAACCGAUUACCCCACGACUGAUUCCGAUUACCAAACGGAAUCAUACGACAACUCCCCGAGUUCUGAGCGAAUACAAGACGAUGGCUCAUACACCGAACGGGUGUUACCGGACGGUCGAACAGUUUUCCGUAAAAAACAUGUAGGAUUUGGACCGAUCACUGUUGAAGCAAAUACUGCCGAGUCAGCGUUACAUCGCAACGAUGACGCAAUUGAUAUGAACUUAGAUUCCGACAAACGUAAACAGAUACCUCGGCCAGAGAAUGAAAGAGUUAUGGACAGGAGGAUUUCAAUUCCGACCCCUGCAAAGGCCACAGACUAA